UUAACAAAACAAAUAGAGCGAAUUAGAAAUGACAAGUGUAGAAAUUGAUUAUACCAAGCAUGCAGCAGUAAUUAAUUUGCAAAACUAUUUGAGAGUUAAAUGCGUGCAUCCAGAUGUUAAUUAUGACGAAAGUAUCAGCUUUCUCACGGCCCAAGCGACCGCCAUAGGCUUGCUUGCAAAAACGCACCUAGUGUCUCCAAAGAACCCCGUACUAGUGGUAACCUGGGAAGGUCUGCAACCUGAGCUGCCGACUAUACUGCUAAACUCGCAUAUGGACACCGUGCCUGUAGAGGGAACUUGGAGGCACUCUCCAUUCGCAGCAGAGAUAGAAGACGGUAUGAUCUACGGACGCGGCGCGCAGGACAUGAAGUCGGCCUCCAUUCAACACCUGGAGGCAGUGCGCGGUCUCAUAGCCAAGGGGAAGCGGCUGAAAAGAACCGUUCAUCUUUCAUUCGUGCCAGAUGAAGAAAAAGGUGGCGAACAGGGCAUGAGAGAGUUUGUUAAGACCGAGGCCUACCACCGUCUAAACGUGGGUUUCGCUCUAGACGAGGGACUGUCCAACGCCGGCGAAGAGUACCUGGUUUUCAACGGGGAGAAGACCAAGUGGCAAAUAAAGAUAGUGUGCACUGGAACAGCAGGACAUGGUUCUAUGCUGCUCCCAGACAAUAGUGGCGAAAAGGUGCGACACGUAAUUAACAGGUUCAUGGAGCUACGAGACAAGUACCGCCAACAGUUGGUGGACGACUGGAGCCUUACCAUCGGCGACAUUACCACCAUUAACCUCACCAAGCUCGAAGGAGGCACUCUCACCAACAUAGCGCCAGAGAAGUUUACAGCUACCUUCGACGUCCGGCUGGCCACAACGGUCAACCAUGAAUUAUUUGAAAAGAUGAUAAACCGAUGGUGCAAAGAAGCUGGCAGCGGAGUGACCGUCGAGUUCGAGUCCAAGGAGCCACACGUAGCUCCCACCAGAAUAGACGAGAGUAACGCUUAUUGGAUUGCUAUGAAAAGAGCAAUGGAGAGCAUGAGCAUCCCGAUAAUCCAGCGCACAAUGCCGGCCACGACAGACGCGCGGUUCCUGCGCGCACACUGCCCAGCGCUCAACUUCUCACCCAUGAGACGAGUGCCACCAAUGCCACAUCAGAGUGACGAACAUCUACCGUUGCAGGUCUUCGUCGAGGGCAUACAAGUGUACGAAAACAUUUUGCUGGCUGUGGCUAACGUUAAAUAAACGAAUUUUAUC